ACAAUGAACCCAGCAAAAGAUUUGAUUGAGCCCUCCCCCUCUCGCCCUCUCCCUCUCCACCCUUAGUAGGGAUUAGUAGGCUGUAGCAGUAGUAUUUAGCCAUGUAUAUAUAGUAAGGGAAUUUUUAUGAGGGAGAAAUCCAAAAAAUAUAAAAAAAAAUCAAUAAAAACCUCCAUUAAAGCAGCUCUCCCUUUCUUCCUCACUCUCAGACACGACCCCCAACUCAACUCAUCACAUAGCCAGAGCUUCUUCUUCUUCUUCUUCUUCUUCCUCUAGAGAGAGAAAGAGAGAGAGGUGUAGAAUGUUUGCAGCGGAGAAUGGGCUAAAAGGGGACCCGAGGCUCGAAGCCAUCUCUCGGGCCAUCCGGGUCGUCCCUCACUUCCCCAAACCAGGCAUAAUGUUCCAAGACAUCACGACGCUGUUGCUGGACCACAAGGCGUUCAAGGACACGGUGGAGAUCUUCGUGGAUCGGUACCGGGACAUGGACAUCUCUGUUGUCGCCGGGGUUGAAGCAAGAGGGUUCAUGUUUGGGCCAUCGAUUGCCUUAGCCAUUGGUGCAAAGUUCGUUCCUUUGCGCAAGCCCAGGAAACUGCCAGGUGAAGUGUUCUCUGAAGAGUACGUGUUGGAAUAUGGAACGGAUUGUCUACAAAUGCAUGUGGGUGCUGUUCAGGCUGGGGAACGUGCGAUUGUGAUCGAUGAUUUGGUAGCUACUGGUGGCACUUUGUCUGCAGCAAUUAAACUUCUGGAACGUGCUGGUGCAGAGGUGGUUGAAUGCGGUUGUGUCAUCGGGUUGCCUGAGGUCAAGGGUCAGCGCAGGCUUGAUGGAAAGCCACUUUACAUUCUUGUGGAACCCCGGGACAUCGAUGACUGUUGUUGAGAGCAUGUGAGGAGGUCGGAAAUGCUCGGGCAGACUUCGGAGAAAGACAUGAUGCUCGGGCAGAGCGUGGUGGAAAGUUCUGCAGGGUCUCGGGGUAAAGAUCUUUGUAAUGUUGUGUCAUCUGAUUACCUUUUUCCUUUCAUGUAGGAUGAUGUUUGUUCGGUGUAACAUUAAUUGUAGUCUCAAGCAAAGACAUCGCAGCAAGAGAUGCCGUUAGGAAUUUUAGUCGAUUCUUCUCUAGAUAAGAAAUUGCUCUUUCAUUUCGCGACGAUUCAUCAGAAAUCUUAAUUUGAUAAAAUCUAUUCCCUGGAGCAAUCGGUAGAUUGAAUUGAAACUGA